GACCUACUCCAAACACAAGUUUCAGUAAAAUAAAUACAUACUUAUUAGACAUUUUUAUUAGACAUUAUACAUGUCAUUUUGUUAGAGUAUCACGUCAUACACUUUAACUAGCUUGAUAGGCCUAUAUGAUAUAUGUUCCACAGUAUGCAGUUAUUAUAGGCUACAGUUCCAAUGUUAUGUAAAGAAAUAGAAUCUAAAUCGAUUACAAUGUUGGAUUAAAGUGUGACAUUCAAUGUCAUUUUUUGAGAUUGUGUUUCCCUUUGUUUAAUUCCAACAGAAGGCAGAGUUCUUGAAUUCAUAACGUGUAGCAAUGCGCCGCUGACUGGUUGAUUUUUACAGGGUGUUGUUAAAUGGCUUUUGAAAACGGCUAGGUUGUGAUUUAAGUAUAUAGGCUUUCCUGAUGUAAUUACCAUUUUAGUGGUUUUAGUGAGUCUAUAGCACAACUUAUUGCACAAAUGUAUCUCAUUAUGCAACUUGCCCUGUUUACGCAUGGUUACGCGUGUGGUUAAUAAAAUUAGCACGAAGCCAAGUAUAGCCCCUAAAGUCAGAAAGAAAUAAGAUGGUAAGAGAAUAGUUGAUUUAAUUGUCUUUUUUUCAGUUAACUCAGCAGUGUCUGUAAUGGCUUUGUAAAUCAGAAACAAAUUUUGCUAUUGGUCCUUUUGCUGAUAGACAGCAGCACCACACACUCGAUUCAUUCAUAUUUUUAAGGGGAAACUAUUUAUUGGACACUGCCAAGAUGCACAGCCAGUGCUGAAAUCACUGCAUUAUAUUGAUGGUCACAAGAUAUUCACAACAUGCAGACAGUGAAGUCCUCUCCAAAACGGUUUACAUUUUUUCAAGCGUAAUUCAGAAUUUCUGCCACAAAAUGUUGCAGAGAGAGUAGAAUGUACGUGUGUGUAUUUGAAUAAAGCAACAUAGUGAUGAAAUAGAAAAAAAACUGUUUAUUUUGAGUGUGUGAAAUGAGCGACUGGAUGGAAUACUACAGCGGAGUUGUUCACGGUUCUCGCCACAGGCAGUAUAUCAGGCCUAUAAAAAUCAAAGCUGCCUGAUGUAGUAUUUUAUUAUAGUAUUAAACGACCAAAAAAAGUUCAAGUAGUUUCUUCCAUAAAUACAAGGGGAUUGUCGCACGGUGGUGUUUAAUACCCUCGUUAAGAAAAAAAUGACUGUUAAUUUCCCAAUAAAGCUGUUCAUUAUCUCAACGUACUCCUAUUACUUCAAGAAGGAAGAGGUUUGCCUCCUUGGAGGUUUAAAAGUUUAAACACGUGGGGGGUAUAAAAUGUUUUAAGGGAAAAAAAGAAAAUUUCAUAAGCAAACGUCAUGCCUUAAUUUACUUUUUGUGGUGUCUGUCGAAGUCAUGUCGAAAAUCUCUAUAAAUUGUCUAAAUGGAAUAAUUGUCAUACAUUUUUUUUAUCAAGUAAAUACGACAAAGCUCCCAUUCAGCACUUAUGAUGUUAACCACGUUAUAAUACCACAUCAAUUCAUUAGGAAAAAAUGUUCUCUUACUUAUUAUUGUGGGCCAUUGCCCCGCAUAUGCAUUUUUACAUAACGUCAAAACGUUUCAUAAUUUAAGCUGACAUUUUCUCGACUGCUUGUAGAUAUCUGGAGAUAUAUGGACACACUCCCAUUUUGCAUAUUGCAUAAACAAGACAAUUUAUUUAGAGGGGAAAUAUUGAGAGCGCAAGAGGAGGAGAGCUCCGUACAGCCUCUUGGCGGAUUGAUUUACACCCCAUUGACGCUUUAUCAGGCUCGCGAAAAAAGUCUGACCAAUCACUUCGCUCGGAGCGCACACCAUAGCAGCCCGGCUCUACUUUGUUGGCGAGCGAGUAGAGAGGAGUACCGUAAAGAGGAGAGUAAAGCACAUUUCUAUUGUACAUGUUUUCCAUUUAAUGAACAGUACGUUAUAUAAUGUCCGAGAAUGUCCAUUUCUGGAGCUCUAAGCAACUACUAUGUCGAUUCUAUCAUAAGUCAUGAGGGAGAAGAUCCGAACGCGUCCCGCUUCUCCAAUGUACAGUACUCCAGCGCUAGACAACCGGGACCCGGCGAGCAUCCCGAAUUCCCCUCUUGUAGCUUCCAGCCCAAGCCUCCAGUGUUCAGUUCGUCAUGGAGUCCAUUCAGUUCCCACGCCUCCAAUGGCUUACCCGCGGUCUACCAUCCCUACAUACCGACGCAGCCAGUGCCUUCAACGGAUACUCGAUACCUCCGCACAUGGCUCGACUGUGCACCGAGAGCAGAGCCGCUACCCGGACAAGGACAGGUCAAGAUGGAGCCGCUCCUGGGACAUCUCGGGGAACCACCAAAACUCGUCGGGCAGCAUGAGUAUAUCUUGGAGUCCUCUACAGCACGGGAGAUGAAUUCUGCUCACAGCGCCGGAUUUGAAGACAAUAAGGACAUAUGCGAAGGCAGCGAGGACAAAGAGGGACCGGAUCAAAACGACCCAUCUGCCAACUGGUUACACGCUCGAUCAUCCCGGAAGAAGCGAUGUCCAUACACGAAAUAUCAAACCUUGGAGCUGGAGAAGGAAUUUCUGUUCAAUAUGUACCUCACCCGAGACCGGAGACACGAGGUAGCUCGCUUGCUGAACUUGACAGAGCGACAAGUAAAAAUAUGGUUCCAAAACAGAAGGAUGAAAAUGAAGAAAAUGAAUAAGGACCAGCCCAAAGAAUGAUAACGCAGACUGGUGCCAGGCGUUCAAGCCUUCUACAAAAAGUCUUUGAAAUCUGGAAGAUGAUGCAAGAGUGUAUUACUGCAUCAAAAAGAAAAAGCACUCGCACACCAUUUUCCGUAUGAUUGGACAGUGUUAGGCAUAGAGUAUAAGGGAGAGGUGAGACGAUGCAGAGGAGGGGGAAAACGUCGUGCCAUCGUUCCCUGCUUUUAUUGCAUUUUAUGACUCGUGUGAAAGAAACCGAACACUUCAUCAGGAAAUAAACAGGUGAUAAGGAACUGGUUUCAAGAGGCUAAGAACAGCUGAAAUAUUGUGCUUUUAUAAAGUUGUUCUCUAUAUUUCUGCAUUUUUCAUCAUUCCUUUUGUCAUGGACGUGUGCUGAAAGAAAACGUAUUUAACAAAACAUAAGCCUCAUUCAAUAUACAAGGGAAGAUUUGCUUAUCGGUAAAGCAUGUUCACUUGUUUGCUAAUUGAUGUGAGCUCUCUUUUACAUUACUAGCCAAUUAUUAUUAUUAUUAUUAUUAUUAUUAUUAUUAUUAUUAUUAUUAUUAUUAUUAUAGGGGAAUAAAACAGCAUUUUGCUCGUUUCCUAGUGUCUACAUCAUAUGUGAAGCAGUUAUUAAAGUGUGCAUACCCUAAUGGGUUUUUAAAAACCUUGAAGUUUACUAUAUUAUAAAUACUUUCCUUUUGACAUUUAUUUGUGUGCAAAGAUUUAUGGUAGAUGCGCACAAUAAAAUGUCACAUCUGUUGGUUGAUUGGAAUUUGAGGAUAAUGAUAAUUUCCAAAUUUGCUCUCAGAUCUUUUCUUUAUAGCAUCUAGCUUCGCUCAGUAGUGUUUGUAUCGUUUGAGGUUAAAAUCAAGAAUCAAACUGAAGUAAUUAAAGACAAAUGAACUGAGUUGUUUUACCAUAUCAUUUUCAAAUAUCCCAAAAUAAUCCUUUUGGAAAUUAGAGUGCAGGUUCCGAGUGUGUGUAUUUGUAGCGUGCAGUAACCAUAGAAUUAAUUCGUGCUUAAAUGUAUAACAACCUUCAAUACAGAUUCGGUCGCAGUUGUUUACAUAAAUUGGCGCAUGCUUCGUAUUGUGUAGUUUUCUUAUGUACUUGUUAUUGGAAAAGCUAGUAUUAAUUGAGUAUUAAUUAAGUUGUUUUAUGUGGAUUGUAAUUUUAAUUUAUUGUAAAUAGGUUAAUAGUUUUUUUUCUUUUGAAUGGAAUGUUUUAUAUGUUGUAAGAAGAAUUUCAAAAAAUACUUCAUACUUGAAUGAGCUGAUACACGUAACAUUUUAAUUUUUAUUAUUUUGUUUACACGCUCCAUGUAUGUCCAGAAUCAUGUCCUUUGUCCAUUGUCAGUGAUGUUUUUUUUCUGUAUUUGCUCGUUCCUUCAUAUUGCUUUAAUGGUUUAGGGAAUUGUUUCAUGUUUUUGUGAUUUGACUUUACUGAAAUCGAGCGAGUCUAUCUUCAAAUCUCAAAUACUCCUUAACAUGUUAGUGGCCAUUAACGCAACUGUUUCCCAUUUUCUUUGAGACAAGGAACACUUAUGCUAUUUUCUAAAGCUUGUUUUUUGGCUUCUGUGCAUUUAUUAAAACACAAAUAGUAACAUCGCAAGAUUUUGAAGAACAUGCAAAGACAUACUCGCAACACAACGUCUAAAUUGUUUUUGUUCAGGACUGCUCCAUCUCUUUUUGUGUUAUUGUUUUGUUGUUAAUCUGUGCUAUUGCACUGUUGAUGCUGGACUCAUUAAAAGUUUACAUAUAGACCACA